AUGCCUCGGGGCCAGAAGAGUAAGCUCCGUGCCCGUGAGAAACGCCGCCAGGCUCGAGAACAGCUCAAGGAUCUGGUGGGUGCUCAGGCCACUGUACCAGAGGAAGAAGAGUCCCCUUCUUCCUCAUCUCCUAGUUUCGAAGAUGUUCCCCAGAGCUCACCUGGCACUGAAACACCCAGGAAUCCUAAAGUGCCUGGCAGAGUCCGCUCCACCACCACCACUACUGCUGCAGCUGUUUCAAACACAAGAUUUGAUGAAGGUGCCAACAAUCAAGUGGAGGAAAGGCCAAAUGCCUCACAGGCCCAGGAUACCACUAAGCACUGGCACAGAAGCCGUAUAGAAGAGAAGGUUGCUAUGUUGGUGCGUUACCUUCUGUACAAGUAUCAAAUGAAAGAGCCAAUUACAAAGGCAGACAUGCUGAGAAAUGUAAUCCAAGCAUAUAAGAAUCAUUUCCAUGAGAUCCUCAGGAAAGCCUCUUAUAACAUAGAGCUGGUCUUUGGCCUUGAUGUGAAGGAAGUGGAUCCCAACAAGAACAUCUACGUUCUUGUCAACAAACUGGAACUAGGCUGUGAUUUGAGAGUGAAUGAUAACAGAGGGAUGCCCAAGACCGGCUUGCUGAUGACUGUCCUGGGUGUGAUCUUCACGAAGGGCAACCGCGCCACUGAAGAGGAAGUCUGGAAAGUGCUGAAUAUGAUGGGGAUAUAUGCUGGGAGGAACAACUUCAUCUUUGGGGAACCCAGGAAGCUCCUCACCCAAGAUUUCGUGAAAGAAAAUUACCUGGAGUACCGGCAGGUGCCCAACAGUGAUCCUCCACGCUAUGAAUUCCUGUGGGGCCCAAGAGCCCACGCUGAAACCAGCAAGAUGAAAGUCCUGGAGUUUGUGGCCAAGAUCCAUGAUACGGUCCCCAGUGCCUUUCCAACCUAUUAUGCAGAGGCUUUGCGAGAUGAGGAAGAGAGAGCCCGAGCCAGAGCUGCAGCCAGGGCUGCCGCUACUGCCAAGGCCAGUGCACACUCCAGGGCCAUGGCCAGUAGCUUUUCCCGCCCCAAGUGA